AUGGGUCGCAAUACCUAUCAAACGGAUUCCGAAUUUAGUAGUGAGUCAGAAUCAAUAAAUACGGAAGCUUUAUUAUCCCGUGGAAAAACACAUUUUAAUUCAUGUAAUUAUGAAAAAGCACUUGCCAACCUUGAGGUGGUAUUAGAUAUAGAACAAAAUCACGCCGACGCAUUAAUUUAUCGUGGUAAAAUUUAUUACGUACUUAAAAAAUUUCAUGCUUCACUUGAUGAUUUAAAUCAUGCCUUAGAAAUUGAUCCAUAUAAUGUUCAAGGAUUAAUUGCUCGAGGAAAUACUUUCUGGAUGUUAAACGAUUAUGAUUUAUGUUUAAAUGAUUUGGAUUCGGUUUUAAAGAAGCCAUCCGAAUGA